AUGCUGAUGCCACGAGCGUCGUCGUAUUCGCAACCCGGCAUGGCGCCCGGUCAGCCGCAGCAGUACGAUGCGCCAUACGCCCCGAUGAUGCCCCAGCCAUCCCACCACCUCAUCUCGUCGCUCCAGUCAUGCGUCUCGUCCACGGCAAGCUGCGUUCAGACAAUGAACGAGGCAAUUUACAAUCUCAACUACGCAAUUCAGGACCAUCCUCGUCUCGUCACCGUUCUCAAAUCCCAGCGCCACUUUGAUCUUGUCUCGGGCCGCGACAUUGAGCAAGCGCGCGAGCACAUUGCCUCGGAAGUUCGACCCCACAUCGAGGAGCUCUGUCGACGAGCAGCCGCCGAGAUCUCGCGCGAGGACCGUCGUGUCGUAGCGCUGCGCAAUCGCCACGAAGCUCUGCAACAACGCCUGCAGAACCUGCGUUCCAUCGACAAACACCAGUCCAAGCUGCAGGACGCCCCACCCGCCCCCACCGACCCCGCCGUCCAGGCUCAGCUCGACAAUCUCAACGCCACCCUCGCCGCACUCAAACACAAGAAACUAGCGCUGCUGGCAAAAGCCGACGCCCUAGAGGCGGAAGCUAAUCCCCACUCCUAA